AUGGGAGAACACAAAUCUCGACCAAGCUCCCGACCGGUCUUCACGGAUCCGUGGAAGCCGGGGGCUCCAUUGAAGGGGAUCCAGGACGCGCCGGAUGGCCGGAUUGCCCACACUCUCACUGCGUGCACGAGAUGUCGACAGAGGAAAUCCAGAUGCGAUCCAGGCAUCCCGAGAUGCGAGCCGUGCCAGCGGAGCAAUUCGCGCUGCGUCUACUAUGAUCCGGCCCGGAACAUGCCCAUCCCCCGUACCUACAUUGUCCAGCUCCAGGAAAAGGCCCGCGCGUUGGAACUAGAGAUACACGAAGCAGAGAAAGAGGUCCAGCAUGCCGCUGAUGCCGAACUCAUGGCCCGCGGAGCCGGCCGCAUCAAAUUCACACCGACCGAUGAACCGAGAUAUCUCGGUCCGUCAAGUGGCAUUGCUAUCACCAGAUUGGUAAUGGAACUGGCGAAACAAAACACCGACUCCAAGAGCAUCAAAGACGUCGUUCCCGAAAUGACUGCGCAGGAGAUUCGCGAUAUGUUCACUAAGGAAAGCUCCAAACCGACCUCCAAGGUUUACCCGAUGAUCAGUUCGAUGCCCCAAGAAGAGCUCCCACCGCGAGAACUAACCUACAAACUGAUUGAUUUGUACAUGGUCAGAGGCCAGGCAAUGCUCCCCGUCCUUCAUGAGCCAACAUUUCGACAAGACGCCGAAGAUGUCUUUGUCGGCUCAAAUGAUCCCGUUAAGAACUUUGAAUUGCGCAUGGUCAUUGCAAUCAGUAUGCAAAAGCUGAGCACCGAUUACGCAGGGCUGGCCGACAGUUACUAUCUAGCUGCACUGCCUUUCCUAGAGCCUUCGAUCAAACCCAUGGAUAUAAAAUCAUUGCAAUGCUUAUUACUCAUUGCCCAAUACUCUUUAGUAACGCCAACUAGGACGGCGUCAUACUGGGUGGUUGGCGUGGCCGUGAAACUGGCCCAAGAGCUCGGACUGACAGAGGAAGCCACCAUCACAAAAUCGCCCACGGGCGGACCCCUAAAUGUGCUGGAAGUUGAUUUGCGUCGGCGACUGGCCUGGGUUAUCAUCACGAUGGAAUUUGGUCUUGCCCACAGUCUUGGGCGUACGAAUUCAUUCUGUGUCAGUCACGACCACUUGGAUAUCAACUUUCCCGAGCUGGUCGAUGACCGCUUUAUCACGCCGCAGGGAAUACUGCCUGGUUCAAAGCCCAUUUUGGCGAAAUGCAUUGCGAUUCAUUUCUUUAAGAUGCGCUUGCUGCAAGCCGAAGCGCGGCGGGUUCUUUACUUGAACAAAAGGGAGACCCCUGUCGACCACCAGGACCCCUGGUUUGAACAAUUUGGCGCCAAGUUGGAUCACUGGGUAGCAUCAUGUCCAAAGCAGGAUGGCGGUAGUGGGUUGGGCGAAACCUGGUUUGUUGGUCGAAAAAACACGAUUGUCGUUUUGUUAUAUCGUCCUUCACCACAAAUCCCGGAACCCUCAGCAGAAGCGGCUCGAAAAUGCUACGAUGCCUGUGUGUUCAAUGUUACCAUGCAUAGAGAACAAAUGGCUACCGGGUCGGUGGAUUUAACCUGGGUAUCUACCCAAGCUCUGUUCAUGGCUAUCAGCACUCUCCUCUGGACCUUGUCAUACCCUGAGAUUCGCCAAGAACAUUCUAUCGACGAAGUAAAGAGCUAUCUCCAAAUUGCGCUAGAAGGCGUCAUGAUUUCUGCACAACGGUGGCCGGGUUGCGAGUCGGCUCUCCACCUGUACCAGAGUCUUAUUUCUGCAUGUCUCAAGUCAUACGGCACUACUGAAUCUUUUGUCGUGCAUUCACCGUCUACUCAUCCGUCUCCUGUCUCAACUCAUGAGGCCGUCACUCCUCCUACGAUGUCUAGUCCUUCCUCCAACUCCCACUACUCUGCUCAGACUGUCACCCCCUCCAGUCAAUUUGUUUCUGAUGUGGAUAUCAAAACCUCCCUGUCAAGGGAACACACCCCAGUCUAUUCGCCCGUCCAGAACAUGGCAGUACCAACCUCUCAGUCUCCCUUGAAACAAUCGAAUAUCCAUCCGACCACUUCUUCACCUCUUGCGCAGCCACCGCCUGCUCCCCUCCAUCACCCGUUAUACGAUACCCGGCAGCCCUAUGCUCCAAUGAAUGCCAACUAUUGCGACCCUAAUUUUGACCCGGGCACGCCUUUUAAUUCGUUUCCUUCUGUCGUCACUGGUCUUCCCGGCUGGGAUCCCAAUUACACAGUGGCUACGACAAGGGGAAGCAGCCUGUCUUAUGUUGGAGCCAACGUGGACCCCAUGUUUUGGAUGGGGAAUUUUGGCGACCAGUAUUCACAAUACUCUAACCAGCCGGGCCCAUGGCGUGGGCGGACGCUGAGUCAGGAAGAGCAGGUUGAACUCAUGGAUUCUUUGGCCGAUAAUAUCCCAGAUGUGUCCUCGCUUCUGGUGAACCGCUCGCCUCAGCGCUCCAACACUCUUGGCCCUCAAACACCCACAUCUCCUCCGUUGAUGUCAGUCGGCGCACAGAGCUAUGCCGCCAAUCCCGCCAAUCCACAUACGUCCCCCAGCCACACGACGUCGAACGGUCGACCCCUUUCGUCCCCAUCAUCUACCCCAAUGUCUACACAAACCUCACAGCAGCCGACUGUGAGUGUCACAAAUUCGUUUCCUACGCCGGCCAGCAGUAUCAGUGGGCAUCACCGGAAUGUGACCCCUGCGGAGGAUUCAGACGCUGUCGACAAGUCUUGGGCGCAAGGAACACAGCAUUCCAAUAUGGCUCUGUCGACAGACAUGAUGGAUAUUGAUAAAAAGGAACACAGACGCUCUGAUCACGAUCGAAAUCAGGUACCAGGGGCCACUGACGUGGGAGGCUUGCCGUCGUCUGCAGAUGCUGAUAUGAUGGACGUUGACUCCAAGGUGCCUCGUUUUAUUGCUGACGAUCCAAGUAUCGAUGCUCUGCAGAAAGACCUUGGUACGGCCUUCCAUCUUUGUAAAACUGCCCCUACAAUUACAGGUCCUGAUCCGUCCCUGGAUCUUAUUUCUCUGUAUGGUUUGGGUCCUAUUGGAAGAUCGGUCAUGAGGGCAGACCCCAUAACAGGUGAAAAGAUCAACCGACUUCGCAAGUCAUACGAGGGAAAGUUGAAAGGACUUGGCUUGGCUGGCAGGAACAAGGCCGUGAAAAAUGAGUCACCAGCUGGAGGGCUGAGAGCUUUGACAAUGUGGCCAGAAGAGGAAUGGCGCAACCAAAAGGUGUAUGGCAAGGAGAUCAAGGUUGCAGAUAUUGACUCGGUUCUACAAAAUCUCCAAACGCGGGCGAUGAAGAUGGAACCAGGGUUGUUACCAAACAACGACUACUGGGAAGACGUCUUGGGCCAUGAGAAACCGUCAAAGCAUAUCAGCGUCGACGGAGGUAAGAGGUCUGUAUCGACGCCGAACCCGAAUCGUCCGACGGUGCAAGUGAAUGGUGUCGGUGCGCCAGGAACCACCGACGCAGAGCGUGCGCGCCCAACUCGUGGGAAAAAGCGGCACUAUGACGACAAUUCUUUCAUGGGGUAUGGUGAAGGCUACGUUGAUGAUGAGGAUGAGUCUGCCUUUUAUUCAAACGGUGAAGACCGGAGUGGGAAGAAAAAACGCAAGAAGGUGGAUUCUCCCCGAGCCUUUGCUUUUUAG